GAGCCGGCGGGAUGAAGCGGCCCGAUCGGGCUGCGACGGCGCUGGAUGCCCAGCCCCGCGCCAACGGCUGCAGCGGCGCGGCUCACGGCUCGCUCCGGAACGGCUACGUGCGCGGCCUGCCCGCGCCCGACACCCAGAUAAAUCAUAUUGUGCACAAUGGAGGAUUGUACAAAAGGCCUUUCAAUGAAGCUUUUGAAGAAACUCCCAUGCUGGUUGCUGUGCUGACCUAUGUAGGCUAUGGUGUUCUCACUCUCUUUGGAUAUCUGCGAGAUUUCAUGCGGCAUUGGAAGAUUGAGAAGUGUCAAAAUGCAACAGAAAGAGAAGAACAAAAGGACUUUGUCCCAUUGUACCAGGACUUUGAAAAUUUCUACAACAGGAACCUCUACAUGCGCAUUCGGGACAGCUGGAACCGUCCCAUCUGCAGUGUGCCAGGGGCCAAAGUGGACAUGAUGGAGAGAGUUUCUCAUGACUAUAACUGGACAUUCACGUACACAGGAAGAGUGAUAAAGGACAUUAUUAAUAUGGGUUCAUACAACUACCUCGGAUUUGCACAGAAGUCUGGGACUUGUCAAGAAGCAGCAGCUAAAGUCCUGUCACAGUAUGGAGCUGGGGUGUGCAGCACUAGGCAGGAGAUGGGAAACUUGGACAAACAUGAGGAGCUGGAAAAGCUAGUUGCCAGGUUCCUAGGUGUGGAAUCUGCAAUGGCAUAUGGAAUGGGGUUUGCAACCAACUCUAUGAACAUUCCUGCUUUAGUUGGCAAGGGCUGUCUGAUUUUGAGUGAUGAACUGAAUCAUGCAUCACUAGUGCUCGGAGCAAGACUGUCGGGAGCUACUAUUCGAAUCUUUAAGCACAACAAUAUGCAAAGCCUGGAGAAGCUGCUCAAAGAUGCUAUUGUGCAUGGGCAACCUCGUACACGGAGGCCCUGGAAAAAAAUUCUUAUCUUGGUGGAAGGAAUAUACAGUAUGGAGGGAUCCAUAGUCCGUUUGCCUGAAGUAAUUGCUCUUAAGAAGAAAUACAAAUCCUACCUUUACCUUGAUGAAGCUCAUAGUAUAGGUGCAUUGGGUCCUAAUGGCCGGGGUGUAGUGGAUUAUUUUGGACUCAAUCCUGAAGAUGUGGAUGUUAUGAUGGGAACAUUCACCAAAAGCUUUGGAGCUGCUGGAGGAUACAUUGGGGGCAAGAAGGAACUGAUUGAUUACCUCAGGACAUACUCUCACAGUGCUGUGUAUGCAACAUCACUGUCACCACCAGUUGUGGAGCAAAUCAUCACCUCCAUGAAGUGCAUUAUGGGUGAAGAUGGUACAACUGUUGGGAAAGCACGUGUGCAGCAGCUAGCAGAGAACACCAGGUAUUUCAGGAGGCGACUGAAAGAGAUGGGCUUUAUCAUCUAUGGAAAUGAAGAUUCUCCUGUUGUGCCUCUUAUGCUGUACAUGCCAGCAAAAAUUGGUGCAUUUGGGCGUGAAAUGCUGAAGCGGAACAUCGGUGUUGUGGUUGUGGGGUUCCCUGCCACCCCCAUCAUUGAGUCCAGAGCCAGAUUCUGUUUGUCUGCAGCUCAUACCAAAGAGAUGCUUGAUACAGCUUUAAAAGAAAUCAAUGAAGUUGGGGAUCUUUUGCAACUGAAAUAUUCCCGUCACCGCUUGGUACCUCUCUUGGACCGGCCGUUUGAUGAGACAACAUAUGAAGAAACAGAAGACUGAACUCCCUCCAUGUGCCUUGGUGGGAGGGACACACCCUGUGGGAACACUGCGUGGCACACGGACCACAGUGUCCAUGAACAACACAGUUAUGACUGCUUAGCAUAGAAGACGUUUCCUCACAAUACUGAAGUGGCCACACAAGCUCUAAAAGGCAUUUUGUAAAUAGGGAGAGGAGGAAAAAAAGCUUUGAUUCCCUGCAUCUUUGGGGUCUGGCCCUAGAGGUGCUUGGCUUUAUUUUUUUCUUGUUGCUUUAUUUAUUUAUUUGCCUCUAAGUUCACAGGAACCCAAGCUGGCUGUGGAUGAUCAGCUCAGACUUUGUAUGCACCAUUAGCCUCCCAAAUGCUGGCUGAGAUGUUGUGAGCAUGUGUGAUGCUGGCAUGGCAGCAUUUCCAGUGUCACUGCUAGGUUUCUGAUCUUCCCAGUGAGGAGUGAGCUGACCUGUCUAUUCUUGAAGACUUUCUAGAGAAAUUGUUGAUCAAUAACUUUGACAUAUUUAACAAGAUCAAAAAUCAACCAAAGGUUUGGGGGUUUUUGUUUUGGGGUUUUUUUGUUGUUUGUUUUUAUUUUUCUUCUUUUGCAGUUACUUGUGUUUAAAACUUGAAUUUAGCUUUUUUAAAUAAAUGUGUUGUUGACACAUCACUGACAGGACCAUUGUUCCCAAACAUUAUUUAGUUUUGUAAGCCACAGGCAGAAAGAGUUCUGGGAUUCUGGCCGCUUUUCCUUCCUUGUAUGGAUACCAGAUUGUCUCCUGGUUUUGACACUAAUUGUCCUUUUGAUACAGGGAAAGUGACAGAAAGGGGUGUUAAUUUUUUUCUUUAAUGGGCUGUUUUUUCUUCCUUUUUACAUAAUCCUGUUUAAAAAGAAAUCCAAGAGAAAAAGGAAGUUUUAAUGUGUGUUGCUUUCUCAUCUUCAGGUUCAUUUAUCUUGCUUUAGAAUUAUCAUAAAACCAUUAACAAGUCACUUCUAAAUUCUGGAAGGGUACUCUUGGGAUUAAGUAAACCACAGCAAGCCUUGCACUUCUUGUUAAGACCAGAACCCCUUAAUAAGGAUGUCUAUACAAUGGAUGACUAUUAGGAAAACCACUUAUUUCACACAGAUUUGGGAAAGACUGAUUGCUACCCCUUGCCUCACAAAUUUACUGUUUCUUGUCAUAUAUGAGGUGUCCUUCAUUGGCCUUGUUUCACAAGGCUUUUAUGCAGAGUAUAGACAGCUUGAAUCUUGUAUCAUACAUUACAUUUCAGCUAGCCAGCAAAGUGUCAGAUGGCAGCUAUGUGUCUGUGUAGACCUUCCCUGAAAAGAGAAUGUCCUCACAAUUGCAUUUAAUUUGAGAUCUUUAUUCUUAUGCAUUUCUGUUACUGUGAGAUCAAAUUGAUGUGCACUGAGCCAGUUACUGUUUGGAAUCUUUAUUUGCAAGUCCCACACUGUCUUACUCUGAUCAAAGUUUAAAAUAGACGCUGUUGCUCCAGCACACUGUAGAAGUGAUCUGCCACUUAAUCAUUGCAUAUUGAAUUCUUUCAGUUGACAGAAUGGAUCAUUGAAGAGAUAUCAAAAUUAUAUAACAGGAGUCAGUUGCAGUAUAUUUCUAUAUAUAUUAUUUCUAUAUUUUAUACCUUGGAUAUGUUUGGUUUCUGCAAAGAUAGUAAAGCUUUAACACCAUGUCAAUUGGGUUGGGCCAACUCUUCAGUUUGUGUUAGCAUGAUGCUUUUUGCAGAGGACUAGAGUUUUUAAAAUAGAUUCUUCAUCAUAAUGCUAAAGCAGAGUGCAGCUUAAAGCUGUUUGUCUGGUGCUGAAAAAAUAAACCUUUUUUAAUUUUUUAUAUUCACUCUUCAACUAACUGGGGAGGAGCACUUUGGUCACUAGGUCCAAGCAGUUCUGCAAAUACAUAUAUAUAUGGUGAUUUAAGACAGAAUUGGCUUCUAUUUUAUAGAAUAUCUCUCUUCAUGCAUUUAUAGGUCUUGUUCCAUUUUUAACGUAACAAAACUUCAAAACACUGAUCCAUUUCAGAAAUGUAAUUAGAUGACAGGAACUAAAAUUUAGUAUUUCAAAAUAGGUCCAGAUAACUGUUCCUUAGUCCACUGAUACUGAUUUGUUUUCCUUCUGGAGCAAAGUGUGUGUACAGUCCAAGAAGUCUGUAGCCUGGUGGUGCAACUUUGAUACUAUGGAGUAAUCUCAUUUGCACAGCCACUGAGUGAGAAAACUGCAGUUACAUGAGUUUACUUUCUUGUCUGUGUUCUGCCCAGGACUAGCUCUAACAUUCCAAUAGAUGACCUGCUCUGACUUCAGGAAGCUUUACCUCAAAAAAUUACUGCUUUCCUCUUCAUUCUGGAUUGUAGUAGGGAACAAGAGGGGUUUAGAGCUGAAGCUCUGACUCCAGCUCUGGUCUUGUUUACUUGAUCAUGAAAUGGUUUAAGAUCAGACAAAACCGACCAACUCAAAGGCAUAGGCAUGGGUCAGCCGGGAGCUGGUUUGAGCAUUCACACAUGUACAGCAUGCUUGUGUCUGCUGUGUAGUCAAGUCAGUUUGAAAACUGUGAUGUCUUAAGUUGGAAGUGGGUUGUAGUAGAUUCUUCGAGUCUCAGUCCUUAAUCCUGUCUCUGGGAUUUGGUUUUGGAGCACCUUGUUUUUAGAAGGGAUCAAAACAUCUGGAUAAAUCUCAGCAAUUCAGGUAACUCCUGUGUGUAACUCUUCUGAAAUUGUCAGUGGUUUAAAAUUACUGGUCCACACUGGGGACCCAGUUGUUCUAGUUGAGGAAAUGGUUUUCAUGCUAAACUUGUGCCAUUUAGUAUCUUUCUGCUGUGUCAUGCUGUCUGCAUAUGACUUUGAAUUCUGGGUUGCAAAGACAUUUUAGAAAUCAUUCAGGCAAUUAGUAGCAUUUGUAAACUGCUAGGUUACAUUUCAGCCCUGCCAUUGCCUUUUUUUGGAAGCAGCAGUUCCUGGACACCUUUUAUUCAAGGGAACCCAUUUUGCCAAAGUCUGGUACCUUUUGAAACUGCUUCUGAAAAUAUAAGAAAUUGCAAGUCCAAGAUUUUGCACUUUUUAAGUCAGUAAUCCACUGAGCUUGAAAGCCAACAAGAUCUUUUCAUAUCUACUAAAAAACUGUUCCCACAACUGAAGGAACAGCAUGCUAUUGGUUUGUACUGGGCAAACCUACAGCAUAUAUGUACAGUCAGUAUGUGUAGGAUGGAUUGCUGCUUUUAUAUUUAUGUACUGACCAGAAAGCUGUCUCCUUUUUGUCCUGGCAGUAGAAGUGAAUGAAAGAACCAAUCUUGAGAGAUCACAAAGGAAGAAAAGCUGCUUAAGAAAUAGACUUCAGUGUCUGCCAACUCUGCCGAGACAUUCUAAAUGAAAAUGACUCCUGGUAUUUCUUAAGAGAUGCAAAAAUCAAAAGAAAAUGAAGGUUGCUUUUGAACAAAGGAUUUUGUCCUAUACUGUAUAUUGACUAUACUUAGUCAUAAAUAUACAAUAGAUACCUUCCUAUUAUCUCUCUGAAGAACUUAGCAAGCAAGAUUUUGCCUCUGCUGAGCAGCAUGAAGAGUUUAGAACCAUUACAAUUUUCAAAGCUGAUGGCCAUGUUCUUUUAAGAAAACUGAAAAGUUCCUAUUACCAAUCAUCAGCAAAGAGGGAGAAAUCUGCUUCUUGUUAGCAGCUUUGGCCUUCCCAAGUAGACCUUUGUCUUAGGAGCCUGAUUCAUAAUUUUUUUAGUUCUUUGGCAGAGAAGAAACCAAGAUUUUUUUGUCUCAAUACUCAGUUGUUGGGGUUUUUUUUUGUUUUGUGGGGUUUUUUUUGGUUUUUGUGUGUGUUUUUUUACUGAAGAGGCUAACUUUUUUAUAGUGUCUCUGGUACAUUUAACACUUAGUUGCUUUUCUUAUUUGUUUGUUUUUUCCUCCUAAGUAGCAUCCUUAAAGAGCUGUUCUGGUUCUUAGGUUCCUGGUGUGGCACGCUUCUGCUUUAGGCAAAGACUCAGGAGUGAAUUAACUGAGCAGCUUAAUGUGAUGAAGUUGUUCAGUGAAGGAAUUGCAUCAUCCCAGUGCUUCCUCUAAGAGUGCAGAAGAGGUACCACUGUCAGAGGUGCACCUUCACACAGAGCAGGAAAGGGAAGCGUGCUGGUGAAAUCAGUGACCCAGCCAUGUGCUGUGUGGCUGAAGGACCAAUACAGCAGAGAUGAGGAAAGGGGCAGCCAAUCAUCACUCUCUCUCAGCUGUACAGGGGAUCUUUCCUGAGUACUUGAAUAAGCAUCCCUAAGACAGGAAUGUAACUUCCUAUGUCCAAAGUGACACUCCUCUAAAACUCUUUCACACCAAGUAAAUACUUCCUCUCCUGUGCAAAUUUGCAUUUCUUUACUUCUGCAAAGUAUUUGGCUUACAGCUGUUUGCUCAUCCAGAAGCCAUGUGUCCAUUCAGGCAGAUCAUAAGAAAGGUUGGAGAAAAGCUGAGCAUGAGCUCUAUUUCAUCUAAGAGAACACCUUUCAGCAUUAGAUCUGCAGUGCUAUGCAUGAGCUCCCUUGCUGCAUCACAGCGAAGGAAAACAGUGGAGAUUUCUCCUGAUGUACAGUGCUCAGUCAAAACUUACACAAUUUUUAUGUACAGUUUAUGUAUAUUAUUUUUACACUUAAUGCUCAGCCCAUGAAAGUGUCAAGCAUGCAGGGAUCUGCAUGGGUGGCACCUUCUGCACAGAGAUCUGAGGUACUUGCUGUCUGUUCUAACAGUAGUGAAGCACUGAGCUGUCUGGGAAGGCCAUUAAUGACCCUGCAGCAGGUGCAUCACUGGCUUUGGUGCUGGACCUGGCAGCCAAGUGGCAUCGGACCAGUGUUUGGGAACGCACCAGUCAUUCAACCUAUGUAACUUGAAUUUGGUCUUAGAAGAGAUAAAAACAGAAGAAAAAAAAAACAAACAAAAACUUGGAUGCCCUUGUGGUGACUUGUAUUCUUAGAUGUGUUCCUAGUCUUGCAGUUGUUUUCCUGUUCAAGGAUAUGAACAUAAAGCUAGAACACAAACACAAAGUGUUUGGGUGAACUCUUGCGCUUUCACUAGAAAGAGAAGUGUAUGGUGCAGACACUGGAGUGUUUACAUCCCCAAAAAGGGGCUGGGUGAAGGAGAUGACUGUGGUGUGUGUUGAAGGCCUUAAGCUGUGAUUCUUGGUAUGAAGAAUUGAAAUGAAAACUGACCUUGGAGAAUGCAGUGGAUUUUAACCCAUGAAAGAAUACUCUGUGCUCUUAAUUAAGCAAUACAUACUGUUGUUUUCUUGGGAAGGAGAGGUUCUGCUCAAUUUGUGUUUGAUCCUAGCUAGCAGCUAUUUAAGGAGCAGAAAAGGUGUCUGUAAGUGAAGGCCAAAAAAUAGUGCAGUUCUCUGCACUGAUGUUCCUUGGCUGCUGAAAGUGGGAAAAUUAUUGAGGAUUGGGGACUUCAGAAGCAGUGGUAGCUGGCAAAUUUACUUCCUCAAUAGUAGGUGAACAAGUCUCACUCGAAUAUGCCAAGGUUUGGUGCAGUUCCAAAAAUAUCCAUGGCAAAGUGCACCAAACAUCUGACUGCUGUGAAGCAUUCCUUUUCACCAAAUCUCAUGCUGUUCAGACAGUAUUUCUGCUACCCCCUAAUAGUAUAUUGAGCUGAAUACCUCUCCAGCCUUCCAAUAUCAUUAACUUCAGACCAGUUUGAGAGAGAUCACAGGAACAUUGGAGCCUGAGGCUUUAGGCUAGCAACCCCAAAGCCAAUGGUGGCCCACACUUCCACAAGCCCUGGGCAGAAUUACCAAGUCACAGCACUUUGUCUUAAAUUGCACUGUAUUCUUAUGCCUCUGUGUUGCUAUAAUGUACAUAUAUAUUGGAUUUUUUGUAGAUAAGACAUUUUAGAUAAAAUUUUUAAAUGGGCUCUCCCCAAAAUAUUUUAUGCCAGAUGUCUAAUUUUUUUUACACUUGGGAUUAACAUGAAGCUGGAUGUUUUGUGGGCAGGGAAAAGAUAAGUGGAUGGUACAUUAGCUUUAAAAAGGUAACAAUGCAUGUUAAAAAAAGGAAAAAAAAAACAAAACAUUUGAGAAAAAUCUGCUUGGGAAAAAAUCCAUUCAAAUAUGUUCUAUGUUGUGCAUAAUAAAGACUUUUAAAAA